AUGAUCCUCAAGUCAAACACGGAGAUAGUAGAUGAUGUGGUAAGAACAGAAGAACCUAUUGGGUGGAUUAAGCCACCGUCUGGAUGUUUGAAGUGUAACGUGGGUUCAUCAUGGGUAGACCCUCAUCACCCGAGUGGAGCUUCGUGGAUUCUUCGUGGAGAAGAUGGUCAAACCAUUAUGCAUAGCAGACGUUCAUACUCCUUCAUGCGAUCCAAAGCGGAAGCAGAUCUAUGGGCAAUGCACUGGGCGGUGGAAUGCAUGUAUAACACUCACCAUGUCAACGUUAUCUUCGAAGCUUCAUCUGAACAACUCCAUAAUGUCCUUUCUGAGCCAUUUCACCACCUUGAGUUCACUGGUGUGGUGCAAUCUAUAAACCAACUUCUCAAUGGGAUUAAUGGAUGGAGCCUAACCACGCCUUGCAAGAACGUAAUGAGGCAGCUGCAACUAUCGCUGUGA